UGUGUCUCCGCAGGCUGCUGGGCGGUGACGGGGCCCGGCACCGUCCGAGGAGUCCUGGGGGGGUCCCUCUCGGUGACCUGCACGUACCGGGCCGGCCACGAGAGGAAACCGAAAUUCUGGUGCAUACCGGGAAGAGUUCACACCUGUGAUGCUGACAUCGUCAUCACCUCGGAGUGGCGGCCCGAGGUGCGGCGGGGCCGGUUCUCCAUCCGGGACGAUCGCGCACGGCAGGAAUUCACAGUGACAGUGGAGGGGCUGACCAUGGGGGACGCGGGCAUGUUCCGCUGCGGGGUGCGAACGGGCAUAUUCCAGUUGGAUGAGAGUGAUGAUGUGAUGGUGAUUGUGUUCCCAGCCCUCUCCGGAGCAGCUGUAGAGAUGGACUGGACUCGCAGUGUGUCACAUACAGGAGCCGAUACCUUGAACUACGCGGACAUUAACCACCGUGCAAGCACAGCUGAGAGCCAGUUGUAUAGCAACGCCGAGGCUGUCCGCUGCUUGGCAAACACCACGACCGAAUACACGGAGCUCAAGGCG